UUCGCAUCAAUGGCCGGCGCUGGCGCCCUGCUAAGAACCACCUUCCUCAUCGCUAAACCUAACUACAAAAUCCCAAUCACCUUUUCCCUAUUUCAAUCCCAAUCCAAACGAACUCCCCACCACCAUAACCGCCGGCAUUAUCAAUUCAUCCGGAAAUUCUCCUCUUCACAACCAUCUCACCGGAAUCGCUCCAACGUAGUCGAUAUUCUCGAAGAAAGAGGCUUACUCGAAUCUCUCACCAGCGAAAACCUCCGUUCAGUUUGCUCAGAUUCAUCUCUUCGAGUAUAUUGCGGCUUCGACCCCACUGCCGAAACUCUCCACCUCGGCAACCUCAUCGGAAUCAUCGUCCUCUCCUGGUUCCUCCGCUGUGGUCACUCCGCCGUCGUUCUCGUCGGCGGCGCCACUGGUCGCAUCGGCGAUCCAUCCGGUAAGUCUUUCGAACGCCCUGAACUUGAUAUCCAAACCCUAAAUAGAAACAUCGCCGGUAUCUCCGAUACGGUCCUCAAUAUUCUUAACGUCGAUAAUGGUUCCUAUUCGAUUAGGGUUUUAAACAAUUACGAUUGGUGGAAAGAUGUGAAAUUUCUUGAUUUCUUGAAAGAUGUUGGAAGAUUUGCUAGGGUUAAUACAAUGAUGGCUAAAGAAAGCGUGAAAAGAAGAUUAGAAGCAUCUGAUCAGGGUUUAAGUUAUACAGAAUUCACUUACCAGCUUUUACAAGGCUACGAUUUCUUUCAUUUGUUUAAAUCCGAAAAUGUUAGGGUUCAAAUCGGGGGUUCGGAUCAAUGGGGAAACAUCACAGCUGGAACCGAGUUGAUUCGAAAGCUUCAUCAAUCUGAUGCUGCAUAUGGACUCACAUUCCCUUUGUUACUAAAAUCCGAUGGCACUAAAUUUGGAAAAUCCGAAGAUGGUGCGAUCUGGCUUUCACCAUCGAUGUUGUCUCCAUAUAAGUUUUAUCAGUAUUUCUUCUCUAUUCCGGACGAUGAUGUGGUGAGGUUUUUAAGGAUUCUUACUUUUGUGAGUUUAGAGGAGAUAGGGGAGAUAGAAAUGGAGAUGAAGAGUGACGGGUAUGUGCAGAAUUCAGCGCAACGGCGGUUGGCAGAGGAGGUUACGCGAUUUGUUCAUGGGGAAGAUGGUUUGGCGGAGGCGAUUAAGGCCACAGAGGCUUUAAGGCCAGGGUCUGAUACGAGGUUGGAUUGGAAGACGAUCGAAGGGAUUUCAGAGGACGUUCCUUGGUGUUGUUUAGGUUAUGAUGAGGUUGUGAAUGCUCGUGUUGUCGAUAUUUCGGUUUCAACAGGUCUGAUUGAGAGUAAGUCGGCUGCACGGAGGCUAUUGAAGCAAGGGGGGUUGUAUCUGAAUAAUGGGAGAGUUGAUGAUGAAGGGAAAAAGAUAGAUUCAGAUGAUAUUGUGGAUGGGAAAAUUCUGCUGUUAUCUGCUGGAAAGAAGAACAAGAUGGUUGUAAGAAUAGCAUGAUUCAUUUUCUUUCCAUGUUAAGAAAAACAUGUGAUCAAUAAAACAGAUAGAAGUUUUUGAUAUGUGA